AUGUUGUGGAAAGUGUUUCUCACUGUAAUUCGCCAUCGCUUCAGUUUAAAGGCGUACGAAGAUGUUGAAGGUGUGCUUUCCAAACUAUCACAAACAACUUUAGUUGUUUACUUUCAAGCUCAAUUUGAGGAUCUCAUGAACAAGAAUCUAUCUCAUCGUUGUCGUAGCAAUGCUCUCUUGCUACUCGGUGUUGACGAUGAUGAACAUGAUCUUCAUAUUGAAGAAGCUUCUCCUGAGGAUGUUUCUGGGGAAAUUUCUAGCCUUAAUGCCCUUUAUAGUCGACUCUAA